CCCUGCAGAGACGCGUCUACUUCCCGAAAGUCACACUUGGAGAUCAAAAAAGAGAGGAGGGACUCCAAAGAUUCAAGAUCUUCCAGCUCUACUUCUAGUUCCUCUACUUCCUCUCCCAAGAGACUGUCGGUGGACAGGAGAACCUCUACCAGCUCCAACCCAGCAGCCUCCCCUCCUGGAUUCCAUAAAAACAAAGAGGAUAGCAAAGAUGAAAGAUCAAAUGACAAAUCUCGAAGUGAGGUGCCCAAGAUGCCAGCCAGCCCUAUCACGCCAACAUUUGGAACUUCUGUCUGCUUCUUGCCCUCAUCCUAUUUGACUGGAGACUCCAUUAGGGACAAGUGUAUUGAGAUGGUCUCUGCAGCCCUGAAAAUGGAUGAUGAUUACAAAGAAUUUGCGGUCAACUGUGAUAAGAUGGCAGCCGAGAUUGAAGAUUGUAUCUACCAAGAACUGAAGGGCACAGAUAUGAAAUAUCGGAACCGAGUGAGGAGCAGAAUUAGUAACCUGAAGGACCCCAAGAAUCCUGGUUUGCGGCGCAAUGUGCUGUGUGGAAGCAUUCCGCCAGCUCUAAUUGCCAAGAUGACGGCAGAG